CACUGUGGUUAUACUGGCGAACUCCGGUGCACAACACCACGUGUCUGCGGCAUCGGGAACGCGACAGUAAAAAAUCGGAUCUUGAAUUACAGAGAAGAUUGAGGUAAGCCGUACCUUGUAGAUUUUAAGGAAGGAGCCUAUAAAUCAUGAAUAGAAACGGAGAAGGAUUAGUCAGCGAAGGAGCGCAUGGAGAACACGAACCAGAAAGGAGGUCACGAAAGCCGUCACGAAAGGCUUUACAAAACGCAGUAGAGACAAAGCGUUAUGAGGUUAAGACUUUACAGAAAAAG